GAGCUUCAACACAUUAUACACAAAUUAACUAACAUAUAUGGGGCUUUACUACCACCACUCUAUUAAUGAUGGCUUUUCACGGCGAGCACUGAUCAUCAUGCGGAUUACUACUCUAGUAAUAGUUAUAAGCAUGAUGAUGUUGAGUAGCAAAUUUGGUGUCGGAUGCCCUGUAGAAGAGUACGAAGCUCUUUUGGAAUUCAAAGCCUCUUGCAACGGAACGUCUCCUCCGUCGUGGGGAAAGCACAGAGAUUGUUGUCUCUGGGAGGGAGUUGUUUGCGAUAACAGCACCGAGCAAGUGUCCGAACUGCAUCUGUCAGAGCUUUUUCGGUAUUAUUAUCCAGAAGGGACUCCGACUCUAAAUGAGGCCCAAAGUUGGCACUUGAAUUUGAGCAUCUUUUCUUCAUUCCCUGAGCUACGAUACCUUGAUUUAUCUUCGAAUCCUUUCACGGGCCUCCUCUCAAGCACCACCCCCUUAGUAGGAUUGAAGAAGCUAAAGGUGCUUGAUCUUAGUGUAAACCAAUUUACAGGAGAGAUCCCAAUGUCUUUGGCAUAUCUGACAUCUCUCGAAGUCUUGUAUUUGGAUUCGAAUGAAUUAAAUGCUUCACAUUCUUUGAAAGGAUUGAAGAAGCUAAAGGUGCUUGAUCUUAGUGACAACCAAUUAACAGGAGAGAUCAUAGUGUCUUUGGGAUAUCUGACAUCUCUGGAAGUUUUGAAUUUGCAUUGGAAUGAAUUAAAUGCGUCACUUUCUUUGAAAGCCUUAGUAGGAUUGAAGAAGCUAAAGGAGCUUGAUCUCAGUGAAAACCAAUUUACAGGAGAGAUCCCGAUGUCUUUGGGAUAUUUAACAUCUCUCGAAGUCUUGAAUUUGGGUUCGAAUAAAUUAAAUGCUUCACAUUCUUUCAAAGCCUUAGUAGGAUUGAAGAAGCUAAAGACGCUUGAUCUUAGUGGAAACAAUUUUAUAGGAGAGAUUCCAACGUCUUUGGGGUAUCUAAUGUCUCUCGAAGUCUUGGACUUGAGUGACAAUCAUUUAAAUGGGUCACUUUCUUUAAAAGGUACAGUUCUCCGAGAUCUACAGAACUUGCGAGAGUUGCGCCUUGGACGUAAUCAAUUCUGUGGGACUCUUCCUCCAACUCUCGCAAACAUGACAUCCCUUCAGCAUAUUGAUCUUUCGCAUAACUUCUUUGAAGGAACUAUAUCGAAGCAUCUCUUCAGUGGGCUUGUCUCACUUCAAUAUCUAGACCUUUCAUACAACUACCUUCAUGGGAAAUUUUCACUGCACUCUUUCGCCAACAUGUCAAAGCUUGAAGGAAUCAUACUCUCAAACAACACACGACUAGAGGUGCAUAUUAAUACUUGGAGUUCAAUUCAACAAUUACAAUUGCGAAUUCUUAUGCUGUCAAGUUGUAAGCUGGAUGAGAAUGCCAUUCGCACCCCUAUGUUUCUCUGCUCUCAACAUCACCUCGAAGUACUUGACCUCUCCUACAACAACUUAACGGGAAACAUCCCGACUUGCCUGCUCAACAACAACACCAAAAUGGAAUACUUGAACUUAGGAAGUAACUUGUUAACAGGACCAAUUCAUCUUCCUAGUCAUCACAUAGAAAGUGUGAAUGCAAUCGAUGUCUCCAUGAAUCAGCUCAGCGGUUCGAUCCCUUGUAACAUUAGUAUGGUUUUUCCUAAUCUGAUGGUGCUUAACUUUUCAUCAAAUCAUUUAAUUGGAAGCAUCUCUUCAUCAUUAGUCAACAUGACACAGUUGUCGGUCUUGGAUUUUUCGAACAAUCAUCUCACCGGUGAAGUACCAGCUCACCUAAUGUGUGGUUUAGGCGUCUUGAAGCUUUCCAAUAACAAUUUGCAUGGGAAAAUUCAUAACCUAAAUUCUACAUGUUAUAUUUCAAACUUUUACUUGGAUGGUAACAUGCUAUCAGGAACAAUACCAAACAACAUUGCAGGAUUAAGUUUAUUGGAUGUUCAUGACAAUAACCUAGAUGGUUCAAUUCCAGAAACCAUUUUGAAGGCAUCGUUUUUGGAAUUUCUUAUUCUCAAAGGAAAUCAUUUCCAUGGACAACUUCCACAAAGCUUAUGCAAUCUAACGGAGCUCCUGGUAUUGGAUCUCUCCUACAACAAUUUCUCUGGUUCUUUACCUCUUUGCUUCCCUCCAAGCAUAAUUUAUCUCAAUUUGGCUAACAAUGCUUUGACCGGAAAAGUUCCAAGUGUUCUUUUUAAUCUCUCGCGACUUGUAGUACUAGACAUUAGCAAAAAUUACCUUUCAGGCCUAAUUCCAACGCAAAUAGGAAGUGAGCUUGCAUUGAUGAUUCUUAUUCUGAGAGAAAAUUCCUUCAAAGGGCUGGUGCCUAUUCAGUUGUGUAACUUGCAAAAUUUGCACGUAUUAGACCUGUCACACAACAGCUUUUCUGGAUCGAUACCGUCUUGCCUUGGUACAAUGGCAUUCAGAAUCAGUAAAUCAUAUUCCUCCUCUCAACUUUCGGAUCUAUGGACCAUUGGUGGCGAUUCCUUUGAAUGGGGAGUUAUUGACUCUUUAAAUUUCUCUAUUAUGUUGGGGUACAAUCUUGCGGGGGAAAUACAAGGGGAAGAGUUUAGUACCAAAGGCAAUUUGUAUGUCUAUCAAAGGGUUGAUUUGGCUUAUAUGACCUUAAUUGAUUUAUCAAAAAACAAAUUAACAGGAAAAAUUCCACCUGAAGUUGGAAAUCUUAGUGGACUUCUAUCUCUAAAUUUAUCCUACAACCAACUUACGGGUCCAAUCCCUGCAGCCCUAUCAAAUUUAUAUCAAAUUGAGAGUCUUGACAUAUCCAACAACAUAUUAAGCGGUGACAUUCCUUGGCAAUUAGGCCAAUUGAAGUUCUUGGAGGUGUUCUCUAUAGCCCAAAACAAUUUAUCUGGAUGCAUACCGAGUUUUCGAGAUCAAUUUGCCACAUUUGGUAAGGCUACUUAUGAAGGCAAUGUUGGCCUACACGGACCGCCAUUAGACGGAACAUGUACUACUUCAUCAAACACAACAACAUCAUCUGAAGAAGAAGAUAAAGAGGUUACUUGUAUUGACAGAAUCAUCUUCUAUGCAAUAUCUACAGCUGCAUUUAUAGGAGGUUUUUGGGUUUCAAUAGCUUUCUUGUUUUGCACUCGCUGCGGACGGAGAGUGCGCAUUAGACUGGAUAGUUAUGUUGAUUUCUUGUAUGGAGAAGUUUCAAUGGUUGUGCAUAAAUUAGUUUCUAUGAAUUGAGGUGGCAACAGAAAUAAGGAAAACCAUGUGUAAUAAAACAUAAAACUUUCUCAUUAUAUAUAGUGAGAACUUCUCUUGUUUCCUA